AUGUACGAACUUCUACACGAUAUUUUGCAAUGCAUCGAAUUCGUGUCCAGAAAGUUAUUGCCUAACAUUGCAGAAAUAGUAGAAAAGUGGGGCCGAUGCUCGGAGGUGUACGCUGGUGUUGUGGACAAAAUUAACGUGGCUUGGAGGGCUCCUUUGGAUACAGAUUUUUUAGAAGAAUUCCCCGAUAUUAGAACUAAAGUGGUAAUGAAACUUGAAAAGUUUGGAAAUGACCAACUUUCUGUCUUACGUUUACUUAUUGUAAACAUGUUUAACAUAAAUGAAUGUCUAAAAUAUAAAUUGGAUGGAAUUAACACCAAACUUGAGCAAAUUUCAUCUGAAGAACAUAAUGAACUUAAGCAUUCAGUCCGUGAACAUGUCAUGUGGAUAGAAGACUGUUGGAAAUGUCUCCAUUGCUUAUACAUGCAACUUGAUUUUGCAAUGAUGUCAUUAAUUGUAUUAGAUGAAGAAUCAGCAUCAAAUCUAGUUAAAGCAAUUCAACAAGAUGAAAAGGAUAAAUCAACUAUAGGAAAAUCACAAAUUUAUAAGCAAAGCUGCUUACUUUUAAUCAAGUAUAUGUCAAAUAAAACAAAUAUUAAACAGCACUGA